GCUGCAGCCUGCCAGCACAGAUCAGAGACACCGGUAACUGGCAGCGGUGUGGAUUAUGUCUAGAAGUAGCUAUACUUAAAACAGUGCACCACAACUACUUCACCUAUCUUUUACAUCCUUUCAAAACUGAACGUUUGUUUUAUUUUUAUAGGUCGAACUUUAGAUAACGUUAUUAUAGCGAGAAGGCAAUCGUAUCGCCGAAGAUGUCAGUGGUGGGAUUUGACUUGGGCUUUCAGAGCUGCUAUGUAGCUGUAGCCCGAGCCGGAGGGAUCGAGACUGUCGCUAACGAGUACAGCGACAGAUGCACACCCUCAUUUGUAUCAUUUGGACCACGAAAUCGAUCUAUAGGAGCAGCUGCAAAGAGCCAGGUGGUGACCAACAGUCAGAACACGGUGCAGAGCUUCAAGCGAUUCCAUAGCAGGGCCUUUUCAGACCCCUAUGUCCAGUCAUCCAAGUCUAACUUGGUGUACGAUCUGGCACCGAUGCCCUCUGGAUCCACCGGUAUAAAAGUGAUGUACAUGGAGGAGGAGAGAGUGUUCAGCAUCGAGCAGGUCACUGGCAUGCUGCUGAACAAACUGAAGGAGACUGCUGAAAGUGCACUGAAGAAACCAGUUGCUGACUGUGUCAUCUCGGUCCCGAGCUAUUUCACUGACACAGAAAGAAGGUCAGUCAUGGAGGCAGCUCAGAUCGCAGGCCUCAACUGUCUACGACUAAUGAAUGAGACCACUGCAGUGGCUCUGGCAUAUGGCAUCUACAAGCAGGAUCUGCCAGCUCCAGAAGAGAAGCCCAAGGUGGUGCUGUUUGUGGACGUAGGCCACUCGGGUUACCAGGUGUCAGUUUGUGCCUUCAACAAGGGAAAAGUUAAGAUCCUGGCCACAGCGUUUGAUUCUGAUCUUGGGGGGAAGGGCUUUGACGACAUCUUGGUCAACCACUUCUGUGAGGAGUUUGGGAAAAAGUACAAGCUGGACGUCAAGUCCAAGCCCCGGGCGCUGGUCCGACUGUACCAAGAGUGUGAGAAGCUCAAAAGGCUGAUGAGUGCCAACUCCUCCGACCUGCCUCUCAACAUUGAGUGCUUCAUGAAUGACAUCGACGUCUCUGGUAAACUUAACAGAGGUCAAUUUGAGGAGAUGUGUGCGGGGCUGCUGGCCAAAGUCGAGGGUCCCCUGCGCAGCGUCAUGGAACAAGCCAAGCUGAAAAAGGAAGAUAUCUAUGCAGUGGAGAUCGUUGGCGGUGCCUCCAGAAUCCCCGCCAUCAAAGAGCGAAUCAGCAAAUUCUUUGGCAAAGAGCUGAGCACCACCCUGAACGCAGACGAGGCCGUGGCCAGAGGCUGCGCUCUGCAGUGUGCCAUCUUGUCGCCAGCAUUCAAAGUCAGAGAGUUCUCCAUUACUGACGUUGUUCCCUACUCCAUCUCUCUAAAAUGGAAUUCAGCUGCAGAAGAGGGACUGAGUGACUGUGAGGUGUUCCCAAAGAACCAUGCAGCUCCCUUCUCCAAAGUAUUGACCUUCUACCGGAAAGAGCCCUUCAAUCUUGAAGGUUACUACAACAACCCCAAGGAGCUGCCCUCCCCCAACAGCACUAUAGGCCAGUUCCUGAUUAAGAAUGUGGUUCCUCAGGCGUCUGGAGACAGUGCAAAGGUCAAGGUGAAAGUUCGGGUCAACGUUCACGGCAUGUUCAGUGUGUCGAGUGCCUCGCUCGUAGAGGUCCUGAAAAUACCUGAGGGGGAAGAGGCAACCGAGACUGACCAGACGGUGACUGAAGAGGAGAACAAAAUGCAGGUGGACCAGGAGGAUCAGAAGCUCCAGGCGGGAGACCACGACGAAAAGAAAUCAGAGGCCGAGGAGAUGGAGACAACAGAGGACGCCAAGCAGGUGAAGAAGAACGACCAGCCCCCUCAGGCGAAGAAGCCCAAAGUCAAAACGAAGACAGUGGAGCUGCCCAUAGAGAACAAUUUGCACUGGCAGCUGUCCAAUGACGUACUGAAUCUGUGUGUGGAGAAUGAGGGUAAGAUGAUGAUGCAGGAUAAGCUGGAGAAGGAGAGAAACGACGCAAAGAACAACGUAGAAGAGUAUGUGUACGACAUGAGGGAUAAACUGCACGGCAUCCUGGAGAAGUUUGUGAACGAAGCUGAUCGUGACACAUUCUCAUUAAAACUGGAGGACACAGAGAACUGGCUGUAUGAAGACGGAGAGGACCAACUGAAACAAGUUUACAUUGACAAACUGGCUGAACUGAAGAACAUGGGUCAGCCAAUUUGUGAGCGAUACAUGGAAGCUGAGGAGAGACCACGAGCAUUUGAGGAGCUUGGCAGACAGAUGCAGAUGUACAUGAAGGUCAUUGAAGCUUACAAGGCAAAGGAUGAGCAGUACGAUCAUCUGGAUGAGCUGGAGGUGACUCGGGUUGACAAGCAGGUGAAUGAUGCCAUGGACUGGAGGAGCAGCAAGAUGAACCAGCAGAGUAAUCAGGACCUCACUCUGGAACCAGUCAUCAAAGUCGGGGAGAUCCAGGCAAAGAUGAAGGAGCUUUAUUCAGCCUGCAACCCUGUGCUGUUUAAACCUAAGCCCAAGGUGGAGCCUCCGAAGGAGGAGGAGAAGACGGAGAAUGGGCCAGUCAAUGGGCAGGAGGGAACAGAGAGCCAGCCAUGCAACUCAGACACAGCCACAUCUGCAGGCACAGAACAGGGAGCGGCGGAGAACAAGCUCCCUGAAAUGGACAUUGAGUAACUGUUACAGCUGCCAUCUGAGUUUCACUUCCGUUUGUCCUGCUACUCGCCCCCCCCCCGAUUCUGUCCUUCUUCUGAGAGAUUAUUGUUGACACAGAACACACAGACCGCAGCAUCCCUUAUUAAUACAGUCAGCCACCUCGGCAUGUAAUUUCUCAUUUUCUUUCGAUAAAUACAAAAACAUUUGCGUAAUAUUAAUAUUGAAUGGACUACUUUAUGACAUAAAAGUUGUAAGCGUAGGGUGGAAACUGCUUUCUCCGUGUUGCUUUGAUGGCCAUUAAGUUAAAGAUUGUUUUGUUCAGCAUCUACUGAACACAUUUAAGCUAAGAAUGUCAAAUUUAAAGAAUUGUACGCAAAGUGGCUGUGCAGACGAAAACUAGUAAAUACACACAGGAUUAAUGAAAAUGUAAAAUAUUUCAAUAUUGUCUAAUUACGGUAUAGGUACAGUGGCUCAUGUAAACGAAUAUGGAUUGUUCCAAGUUGUACAUGACAAAUAAUUGUAACUGCUGGAUUAUGAUUUAUUUAGUUUAGAAGGAAGAAGGAAGGAGUUUUUGUUGAGUUUACUUGUAUUGUAUGUUGAAACUAGAUACUAAAAGUUACUGUCAUGCAGUAUUUCAUUGUUUGGCUUUUCUCAUUCAAAAGCAAUGGUCUGUUGGUUGUUCUCUGGUAGCCUUGUAUUGUCUUUUUUUCUACUUAACAGUGUGAAUGGUGGUCUAACAAAUCACCUUCAGGGUGCUGCUGUUAUUGCUACAUCACCCAAAAAAAGCAAAAAUAAAUCUUGACAAAAAAAGUG